AUGGCAGGGUCAUCUAAUCCAAGGGAGCCAGCAAGAUUCAAAUUCUUAGAAGUUUUUAUUCCACUUCCGAAGGAAUAUCAUACAUUUUAUGAUAAGCUCGAACAGAUGAAAGAUCGCCUUACCGCGCACAAAAGUCAACUUGACCAAACUACUCCAUUGAACCCCGGAUAUUACGAUUUAUAUUUUAAGGUCAUUGAGGACGAGAACGACGAGACCCUUGAAUUAAUACGUAAACUCGAAGCUCGGAAAAAGAAGCAGAACAUUGGUGAGAUUAUUAGGAUAUGUGUUCCAGAAGACGUCCGGGUCGACUGGGACGGAAUGACGCCGGCCCAGGAGAAACCAGAAGAUGGUCGCAAAUAUGUGAGAUACCAGAACCUUUGGUAUAACGAAGGCUUUUUGACUUGCUAUAAUGCUGUCAUGCUUAUGGUAAAUGGCUUGCUCGAGGAUGCGGUGAGGAUGCAAGAAGCAGAAGUACGGCGUCGGCUUCAGAAUCCGAAUCCUUAUUGCCCUCCUCAAGAACCUGAGUGGAAUUUUUUCAUAAAAGAAGAAAGCGACGACGGUCACACAUAA